CGUGCUUCUCUCCAAACGGCCAUUGCGGUGAUAAUAUUUGUGGAUAAAAUCAAGCCAUUCUUGGCGCAAGUACUGGAUGUGUUCUUUCGCGCUCAUUCCAGUGACGUAAGAUGUUAUAAUGUGCUUUUGUAUUGAGUGAAGCUAGAGCAAAAUUCGUCUGCGCGUCACCGCCAAUUGCACGCGCCCGGACAAAUUUUCCAAACCUGUCCGAAAGGGACACACAGGGAUCUUAUUGUUAGAGGAGCAGCAGAGUGGGGUCCAGCACGUGAAUGAUCUACCUCAGAGAGAUGAAAUGUUGACAUAACGUUACAAAAUCUGAAACCCAGAAAUGAUGGAUGUGCAUCUAGAAUCUAGACCUGGAUCUAGAAUGACCCUGCAAAAUGGAGAAGCAUGCCCACGUUUGUCAAGCAACAGAUAAUUUAUGAGGAAAUGGAGGAACUCAGAUUUUCCUGAUACACAUCUGUCAAUUGCAAGAAACAGCGGAUACUGCCAGCCUUGCUCUGGAGUGAACUACCAAACAUGGAUCUCCUUUGGGUUCUAAUGUCCACACUGACUACAUGCAUGGCAAUAAAUAUGGAAGCUACUGAAAGCCAUAGCAUGUUCACCUGUGAACCUAUCACAUUAAGGAUGUGCCAGGGCCUCUCCUACAAUACCACCUUCAUGCCCAACCUUCUAAAUCACUAUGAUCAGCAGACCGCUGCUCUCGCAAUGGAGCCCUUUCAUCCUAUGGUGAACCUGGAGUGCUCCACUGAAAUACGGCCAUUCCUCUGUGCCCUUUAUGCACCCGUGUGCACAGAGUACGGCCGAGUGACCCUGCCAUGUCGGCGCCUGUGCCAACGUGCCAAGAGCGAUUGCUACAGACUCAUGGAAAUGUUUGGGGUCGGCUGGCCAGAGGAGAUGGAGUGUAGCAGGUUUCCAGAAUGUGAUGAGUCUUACCCCCGAAUGAUAGACUUACUCCCCAACACUGUCAGCACAGAGGAAUCGCCUUCAUCUGUUCAGCGGGACUAUGGAUUCUGGUGCCCACGAGAGCUGAAGAUCGACCCUGAGUUGGGCUACUCAUUCAUGGGCGUGCGCGACUGCUCGCCUCCUUGCCAAAACAUGUACUUCCGCAAAGACGAGCACAUCUUCGCCCGCUAUUUCAUUGGCGUUACCUCCAUCGUCUGCCUGUCAGCCACACUCUUCACCUUCUUGACCUUCCUCAUCGAUGUCAGGCGUUUCCGUUACCCUGAGCGGCCCAUCAUCUUCUAUGCCGUCUGUUACAUGAUGGUGUCCCUGGUCUUCUUCCUGGGCUUCCUACUGCAGGAUCGUGUCUCAUGCAAUUCUGCAAGCCCAGGUCGAUUCCGUGCCUCCACCAUCACCCAAGGCUCUCACAACAAAGCCUGCACACUCCUCUUCAUGACACUCUACUUCUUCACUAUGGCGGGCAGCGUUUGGUGGGUCGUUCUCACCAUCACCUGGUUCCUGGCUGCUGUUCCAAAAUGGGGCAGUGAGGCUAUUGAGAAGAAGGCUUUGCUCUUUCAUGCAGUGGCCUGGGGAGUUCCAGGGGCCCUCACCAUCACACUUAUGGCCAUGAACAAAAUCGAGGGUGACAGCAUGAGCGGUGUUUGCUUUGUGGGGCUCUAUGACCUAAUGGCUUUACGGUGGUUCCUAUUGGUGCCUCUUGCACUGGAUGUGGUUGUGGGUGUGGUGCUGUUGUUAGCAGGCAUCGUGGCACUGAAUAGGGUGCGAAUGGAGAUUCCGUUAGAGAAAGAAAACCAGGACAAAUUGGUGAAGUUCAUGAUCCGGAUUGGUGUGUUCUCUGUGCUGUAUCUGGUGCCUCUGCUGACAGUUAUUGGCUGUUAUCUAUACGAGCAGAGCUACAGAUCUGUGUGGGAGAAUACAUGGGUACAGGAGCGCUGCAGAGAGUACCACGUCCCCUGCCCGCUUAAGGUGGAGCAGACAAGCAGGCCUGAUAUCACCUUGUUCCUCAUCAAGUACCUGAUGAUGCUGGUGGUGGGCAUCCCAUCAGUGUUUUGGGUUGGCAGUAAAAAGACGUGCUUUGAGUGGGCCAGUUUCUUCAGUGGACAUCGCAGAAAAGAUACGGUGCACGAGAGCCGGCAGGUGCUGCAGGAGCCCGACUUCACCCAGCUGCUCCUCAGAGACCCCAAUACUCCAGUGGUGAGGAAGUCCAGAGGUACCUCAACGCAGGGCACCUCCACCCAUGCCUCCUCCACACACCUCGCCAUGCUGGACGAGCCCCCAAGCGCAAGCACCAGCCGUGCCGCCAGCACGUGCAGCAAGGCCAGCAGCUACCAUGGCAGCCUGCAUCGCUCCCGAGAAGGCAGGUACACAGCCUGCAGUUUCCGUGGCAUCGAGGAACGUCUCCCUCACGAUCCGCUUCAGCACUGCAGCGUCAACCGUCUUGACAGCCAUUCGCGACACAGCAGUCUGCAGCGCCUGGAGAGCCAAUCACGGCAUAGCAGCAUGCGUGACCUCAGCAUCACAGCCCAAGCCAUCCAAAGCGGCCCUGGCAACGGCAUUCACUGUGUCAUAGAGGAGGACGCAACCAAGGCGUGAACUUUAAUGUGCCAACAAUUGGGGAGAGACUAAAUGCGACUUUUCUGACACAAAGUUUGAUUGAUGCAUUCAUCAGACUCUUUUAUAGAAAUAGACUUAUAGUGCAUUCAAACUAUACAUUUUAUCAGUAUGUGCGGUCCCUAGGAAUCAAACCCAUGACCUUGGCAGUGGUAGCGGAUGCUCUUCCAGUUGAGCUACUGGAGCAAAAGAUGUGGGAUAAAGAGAAAGGACUUAGUGAAUGAAUUUAUUCAAACAAGACUUUCAAUCAAAGGUUGUCAAGUUCAAUUAUGGUGGAUGCCAAACACUUGAAAUACUUUAAUGUACUGUGCUGGAUGGAGAGACAUUCAAAGCUGUUUGGAGCCUCUCUCGUCAAAGUGUUCCUACAUAAACAGGGUUAAAUGUAAGGGCUUUUGAUACAUCAUCGUUCUGUGAUGUUUUGAAGCUCUUGCUGCUUUAUGCUCCAACGCUUUAAGAUUCCAGAUUUUUACCACUACAUUUGUGGUUCUGAAGUGAAUUUUUCUUUUUUUUUUUUUUUGCACUUUUUUACAAUUUUGUAGAAGAGAAUUAGUGAUGAUGAUGAUGACAGCCCUGCACAUGUGAGUCAGACUGUUUUUAGUGUGAAGAGCUGGAUUUAAAGGUGCACUCAGUCAUUUAUGUUGCACUGAUAUGGUAGUCAUCUUGAACUUAAGGGGGUCGCCCACCGGACACUGCAGGUGGACGACAUAUAACAUCCUAAAAUUGAAUGUACACACAUUGUGUUUGGCGUCCAUCAGCAGCACCAAGAUACAUCUUCAGGAGCUGCUCCAAAUUCUUCUGUGCCAGUGAUUGCCACUCACAUAAAAAUGUUCAAUAAUAAGCGGUUACCGUCAUACAGCUGGUCAUGUGAUCUUAUCAGGGCGGCCCCCAUGAGUGAGCCCAGCUCCAUGUAAAAUUAAACAGCAUUUAUUAGGCUACUUUUAAAACUGGAGUCUUCAUCUCAUGUGACUGUACAUGAUUUUAAACAUUUUAACAAACAAGUUUUCAAAAGUACUAAUUUAUUUUGGGAGGAAAAGUUACUGAGUGCACCUUUAAAAAUUUUAAAUAAAUAAAAAAACCUUGAAUAGAAGUGUUAAAUGUGUAAUUUUAGAGUAGAUAUUUUAGGUAUAUUUUUAAAGGAAGUUGGCAUAUCCGUUACAACUGAGCUCUUCUGAGUUUUAGCACUAAUGUUGUUAGUCAAGUCAUUUUUGUAUGUAAUUUACCGAAAACUGUGAAGAGAUUUUUUGUAAUGUCCAGAAAUAAACAUCCUGAGUGCUUUAUAUACAAAAUAAAAUAAAACCACUAUUAGCA